AUGCUCCGAACUCGCCAGGCCACAAAGGCCUUCCAGGCUUUGGGUCAAACGCGCUCGUUUACCUCCACAACCGCUCCCGUCACCUCGCGAGCUCAAAAAAAGCUGCCUCUCUCCCAAAGGAACAAGGCCACUGCCGCCACCGCCUCAUCCUCUGCCAGCACCGUCCGCGCCGUUCCUAGUCCCGCCUUCAAUGCUCAAUCACAGGGCCAUGUUCAGCCCCUCGUUAAUCCCCGGAAAAGCGAAAUGGACGAGUCCUUCAUUGGCAAGUCCGGCGGUGAAAUCUUUCAUGAAAUGAUGCUGCGCCAGGGCGUCAAGCACAUCUUCGGUUAUCCCGGCGGCGCCAUUCUCCCCGUCUUUGACGCCAUCUACAACUCAUCCCACUUCGACUUUAUCCUCCCCCGUCAUGAGCAGGGUGCCGGCCACAUGGCCGAGGGCUACGCUCGCGCUUCUGGCAAGCCCGGCGUCGUCCUCGUUACCUCAGGUCCCGGCGCCACCAAUGUCAUCACGCCGAUGCAGGACGCCUUGUCCGACGGCACCCCUAUGGUCGUCUUUUGCGGCCAGGUUCCUACCACCGCCAUUGGUAGCGACGCCUUUCAAGAAGCCGACGUCAUUGGUAUCUCCCGCGCCUGCACCAAGUGGAACGUCAUGGUCAAGAGUGUCGCCGAGCUGCCCCGCCGCAUCAACGAGGCUUUCGAGAUUGCCACCAGCGGCCGUCCCGGUCCCGUCCUCGUCGAUCUGCCCAAGGACGUUACCGCCGGCAUCCUGAGACGCGCCAUCCCCACCGACGCGGCCCUGCCCUCUCUACCCUCGGCGGCCUCUCUCGCCGCCCUUGAGAUUGGCGACCGUCUCCUCCAGGCCUCGAUCCACCGCGUCGCCGGCCUCGUCAACAAGGCCAAGAAGCCCGUCAUCUACGCCGGCCAGGGCAUCAUCCAGUCCGCUGGCGGGCCCGAGAUCCUCAAGCAGCUCGCCGACAAGGCCUCCAUCCCCGUCACCACCACCCUGCAGGGCCUCGGCGCCUUUGACGAGCUCGACGAAAAGUCCCUUCACAUGCUCGGCAUGCACGGCUCCGCCUACGCCAACAUGGCCAUGCAGGAGGCCGACCUCAUCAUCGCCCUCGGCGCCCGCUUCGACGACCGCGUCACCGGCAACAUUAGCAAGUUUGCCCCCGGCGCCAAGGCUGCCGCCGCCGAGAAGCGCGGCGGCAUUGUUCAUUUUGAAAUCAUGCCUAAAAAUAUCAACAAGGUCGUCCAAGCCACCGAGGCUAUCGAGGGCGACGUCGCCGCCAACCUGCGCUACAUGAUGGAUGCCAUCGAGCCCAGGUCCAUGGCCGACCGCCAGUCCUGGUUUGGCCAGAUCAACGAGUGGAAGGCCAAGUGGCCGUUGUCCGACUAUGAGCGCACCGAGCGCGGCGGCCUCAUCAAGCCCCAGACCGUCAUUGAAGAGCUCAGCAACCUCACGGCUAAUCGCAAGAGCGAGACGUACAUUUCCACCGGCGUCGGCCAGCACCAGAUGUGGACGGCCCAGCACUUCCGCUGGCGCCAUCCUCGCUCCAUGAUCACCUCGGGCGGUCUCGGCACCAUGGGUUACGGCUUGCCCGCGGCCAUUGGCGCCAAGGUUGCCCAACCCGACGCCCUUGUCGUCGACAUUGACGGUGACGCCUCGUUCAACAUGACUCUCACCGAGCUGUCCACCGCGGCCCAGUUCAACAUUGGUGUCAAGGUCAUUGUCCUCAACAACGAGGAGCAGGGCAUGGUCACGCAAUGGCAGAACCUCUUUUACGAGGACCGCUACGCCCACACGCACCAAGCCAACCCCGACUUCAUCAAGCUCGCCGAGUCGAUGCACGUCCAGUGCCGUCGCGUGUCGGACCCUGCUGACGUGGUUGCCAGCCUCCAGUGGCUGAUUGACUCGGACGGUCCGGCUCUGUUGGAGGUGAUGACGGAUAAAAAGGUGCCUGUCUUGCCCAUGGUUCCGGCUGGUUCGGCCCUGCACGAGUUUCUCGUAUUCGAUGGAGACAAGGACAAGGCGCGCCGCGAGCUGAUGAAGCAACGGACAUGCGGUCUGCACCAGUAG